CGUUUGCCACUUCGGUGACGCGGCGCGGCCCCUUCCCUCCCCGUUCUCCUUCCGAAGGCCACGCCACAAACAGAAACUGAAGCUGCGACACCAGAAUUUUUUAAAAAAAAUCGGAAGAGAAUUGGGGGGUUUUAUUAGAGAAUUUUGGGUUGUACCAGAGCUUGUUUCCUGAUGCGAGGAAGAGAGGAGGUUGUGAGCGCGCUGCUCGCUGUGGUGGUGGUAGCUGGCUUGUCGCUGUUGUCGGCGGGGGCGGAGGCCGAUGGCGGCAGCCUCCGGCGGCGGUCGCUCCACCAGCCGUUCUUCCCCAUCGACUCCACGCCGCCGCCGGGGUCCGACGACUCGAUCUUGCCGCCGCCUCCGCCACCGGAUGCCUCGGCGGCGGCGGCGGCCAAGGGCGGCGGGCGGUCCUCGCCCAGCGUGACGAACGCCAUCGCCAUCGCGCUCGCCACGGGCCUCGUCGCGCUCGCGGUGGCGUUCUACUCGUGCUUCCUCCUGUGGCGGCGCCGCUCCGACGGUGGAGACGGGGGCGGCGGCGGCGGCCUCCGCGCCGCGAAGCCGGCGCGCUCCGGCGCCGGCGCCGCGGCCGUGAGGGUUGCCAGCGACGUCGGGAGCAGCGCGCGGCACCAGAGGUCGCCACCGCCGAGCUCGACGGCGUCCGACGCGAUAUACCUCGACCCGCUCACGACGAUGGUGGAGGUGGGCCGGCACAGGCCGCAGAGCCCGGACCUCCGCCCACUUGCGCUCGUGAAGCAGCCGAGCCCCGACCUCCGGCCGUUGCCGCCGCUGAAGCGGCCGGCUCCGCAGCCCCCGCCCCCACCGGCGUCCACGCCGCCGAUGACCACCACGGGGGAUUCAUCCGAUGAGGACCAGGUCACGUUCUACACCGCGCCGAAGACCGCCAAAUCCUCGUUUAGCCGGAGUACGAGCCAGCGCAGCGCCCUAGAGCAAACUGCUCCGCAACCCCCCGCGCCUGUUCCCGUUCCCGCGCCCGCGCCCGCGCCCACACCACCGCCUCCGCCACAGUCGAAUCCCCCACGGCCUGUUCGUCCGCCGCCGCCCCCACCGCCGCCGAGGCAGAGGCUGCUGCGACCGAUGCCCACGGAGUCCCCGCCUCCCGCCGUCCUCGCCAGUUUGGCGCUAACCAAUUCCCCUGAGUCCUCUGUUCAGGACAGGGGAGGCGAGAAUCCCGACGGCCACGGCGGGAGAGCGCGGCCGCCGAAGCCGCCGAUCCUGAAGCCGCUGCACUGGGACAAGCUCCGCGCCAUCUCCGGCCGCACCACCGUCUGGGACCAGGUCAACAGCUCCGACUCGUUCCGCGUGGACGAGGCGGCAAUGGAGAGCUUGUUCCUGAAUAACACUGGCGGCGCGGGGAAUUCCGAUCAGGCGGCGAGGAGGGGAGGCGCCGGGAAGCAGGAGAGCCGGCUGCUCGACCCGAAACGGCUGCAGAACGUCGCGAUCAUGCUCAAGGCGCUCAAUGUGACGUCGGAUGAUGUGAUUGGAGCACUCAUGCACGGAAGCGGAGAUUUGGGGUCUGAGUUCUACGAAACACUAGCUAAGAUGGCACCGACCAAAGAAGAAGAAUUGAGAUUAAAAGAUUAUACUGGUGAUAUAUCAAAACUUGAUCCAGCAGAGAGCUUUCUGAAAGACGUACUUGAUGUUCCUUUUGCCUUCAAAAGAGUAGACGCAUUGCUGUACAGAGCAAACUUUGAUACUGAAAUGGAUUUUUUGAAGAAUUCUUUUGGUACCCUCGAGGCAGCCUGUGCAGAUCUGAGAAGCAGCAAGUUAUUCAUGAAGUUGCUAGAUGCAGUUCUGAAGACUGGGAACCGCAUGAACGAUGGAACUAAUCGAGGCGAGGCCAGGGCCUUCAAACUUGACACUCUUCUAAAGCUUGCAGACAUCAAGUCGACAGACGGCAAAACAACAGUGCUCCAUUUCGUGGUACAAGAGAUCAUCCGAUCAGAAGGCUUAAGUUCCGAUCAAACAGCAGUAGUAAAUCCUGGCAUCACCAGCAAGGAGCAGUUCAAGAAGGACGGCCUGAAAGUACUUGCUGGGCUCAGCAGUGAGCUAUCAAACGUGAAGAGGGCGGCCACAUUGGAUAUGGAUACGCUGAUUGGCAAUGUAUCGAGGCUCAAAACCGACCUCGAGAAGGUGAAGCUGGUCAUGCAGCUCAAGGAGACAUGUCCCGAUCAGGACUCAAGCGAGAAGUUCUUCGACGCGAUGGACGCGUUCCUCGGAAGAUCUCGGGUGGAGAUCGAGAGCGUGAAGGCGGCCGGGGAGAGCGCGCAGCAGCGCGUGAAGGAGACCACAGAGUACUUCCACGGCGACGCCACCAAGGAGGAGCCUCAUCCGCUGAGGAUCUUCAUGGUGGUGAGCGACUUCCUGUCGACGCUGGACCGUGUGUGCCGGGACGUCGGCAGGACGCCGGAGAGGGUAAUGAUGGGGUCUGGCAAGUCGUUCCAUAUCUCGGCGGGCACGUCCUUUCCGCCGCGCCGGCACGAGCAGCGGAGGGAGCCGAGCUCUUCCGACGAGGAUAGCUCGUCGUCUUAAGCGGAACUACUAGGAAACAAUCUUUUUGAUGCAUAGGAUAGUUGUCCGGAUUUGAGGGCUGUGAUUCUUGCAGAGUUGAGCAUGUGUAGUCAAUGUCAGAACUGAGCACAUAAAAGUCACUGUGUAAUAGCUUUACAAAGGUUAAAAGAUGCAGUGUAUAGCUGUACAAAGACAGAAGCUUCUUCUGACUCUAUCCUGGUAUCUGUCAUUCUCUUACUUUUGCAAAAUAUGCACAUGCACAGACGGCAAAUGGGAUA